AUGGGGACACUGGUGGUGGGUGCCGAGCGCUACAACAUGGUGGCCACAGUGGGGAAGGGGACCUUCGGUGAGGUGACCCAGGGCUGGCGGAGGAGCACAGGGGAGAUGGUGGCCAUCAAGAUCCUGAAGAAUGAAGGCCACCAUGGCCAGGUGGCAAAGAAUGAGCUGAGGCUGCUGCAGGCCUUGCGGGAGGUGGACACAGAGGAGUCGCAUGUUGUCCGUUUCCUUGAUUCCUUCGCUGAUGGCGCCUGUACCUACCUGGUCUUCGAGCUGCUGGAGCAAAACCUCUUUGACUUCCAAAAGCAGAACAACUUCUUGCCAUUGCCUGUCCGGCACAUCCGUACCAUCACGGCGCAGGUGCUGGCGGCGUUGGUCAAGCUGAAGGAGCUGUCCAUCAUCCAUGCCGACCUCAAGCCAGAGAACAUCAUGCUGGUGGACCACGUGCGCUAUCCUUUCCGCAUCAAGCUCAUCGACUUCGGCUCGGCCAGCAUCUUCACCGAGGUCCGCCAUGUCAAGGAACCCUACAUCCAAUCCCGCUUCUACCGGGCACCAGAGAUCUUGUUGGGGUUGCCCUUCUGCGAGAAGGUGGACAUCUGGUCUUUGGGUUGCGUGGUGGCCGAGCUUCACUUGGGUUGGCCGCUCUACCCUGGUGUCAAUGAGUACGACCAGGUCCGCUACAUCUGCUCCACCCUGGGGCUACCACGGGAUGAGUUGCUCUGUGCCGCGCGCAAGACAUGGUCCUUCUUCCGACGGGUGCCAGAUCCCACCGGUUCCUGGCAGCUGAAACCACCAGGCGAGGACAUGGCAAAGCCAACAGAGAGGAGGAAGUAUGUCUUCUCCUCGCUGGACCAGUUGGCGGCAGUGAACAUCCGCCCAGCGUCUUAUCCCAGCCAUGAGGCGCUGGCUGAGCGCUGUGACCUGCACGGGAUGGUGGAGCUGGUCAAGAGGAUGCUCACCUGGGACUCGCACGAGAGGAUCGUGCCCAGCGCUGCCCUCAAGCAUCCCUUCAUCUCCUUGCAGCAGGUGAAGUCCAGCUUCGAGGCCACCCAGUACUACCAGCUCUGCCAAGAGGACUUGAGGGCAUCCCGUAAGGAUGCUGGCGCAGUUGAGAUCUUCCCUGGCAUAGAGGAAGGUGCCUUCAUCCCUGCCGGACGGUGCAGCAUCCAGAAGGCCAUCGCCCAGAUGGAUGGGCUCAGCCUGGCUGAGCCGGCUGGGGAGACCGGUGACAAGAGCCAGCAGGAUGUCUGCCAAGCCCCCAUCCCCACCCACUACAGCACCCGACACCGCCAGCACCACCGGCGUCCCAAGACAGAGCCCACUGCUGGUAACUUGAUCGUGCUGGGGUCCUCCGGCGGACGGAAGCAGUGCAGCCACCGCAACGGUGGCAUGGUCUUUGGUGGCAUCAUGGAGCAGAACCUGCCUGGAAGACGGUACACCUCACCCCACGCCAAGGUAUGA